UUCAAUCAGCUCACACACUGCAGACAGUUGUUUUACAGAAGCAGAAUUAAUAAAUCACCUCGUCACAUCCUGGAUCUACGGGUUUCAUUAGGAUGCGUUUGUCCGCGCGGUGGUCAACAGAGCACGAGGUCGAUCAGAUUUACUGAUAUUAAAAUGAAGAAGACUCAUAUUGGAAGCUUAUGUAAAGCUUAUUAAUAACACAAAUAAUGUGUGAAUAAACAUUUAAUCUAAUAACUGCUCUUCAUAACGAAACCACUGAAGGACUUUCUGUGAACAGUUGUACAUUUAAAGGUGAGCAGUGGAGCUUAACAAGGUUUGGAACAUUUCUGAGUGCGUUAAAUUAAUUAAUUAGAUUGAGUUGACACCAACUUAUUCAUGACUGCAGCUUUUAAUAUCAUAUCUCUUAACAAUAAUCGUAAUAUACAAAUAAUAACAUGAAUAAUUAUAAAAUAUUGAUGGUCACGAUGUUAAAAUAAUUAAAGUUAUUCGCUGAAUGGUGAUUUAUAGUCCUACCUGUAGUAUUUUAAUGUGGUCUAAUAAACAUAAUGCACAUACAUACAGAAGAACAUGAAAUGAUUGUAAAAACAAAACGUCUCAACACAAAGUUCAAACUUAUUUGAGUUUUCAAAUUGAACAAAUUUAGCACAUGUGAUGCUUUUUGUUCCACAGAACGUUACUGGCUCAGCAGCAGAGGUCACAUACUCACAUACACAUACACUACUCAGGCCUCAACAGAAACAGCAGCAGCACUGGAGAGUAAUCAAUUACAGUAUCAUCAUGAAUACAUCUCUUAUUCUGUUUUAUCUUUCAAAGACAGCAGCACACAUUCAAAUAUAAGAAAACAAUGAGGAAGCUGCUGAGAACAAACAAAUAUAAAGUGGAGCAGCGGUCAGAUAUCAACAGAGCAGCAGCACUUCCUGUUUCAGCAGCUGUCAAUCAAACACAGAUACUUCCUGGUAUGUUUAGUUUCUUAGUUUCCCCUCUCAGACAGACAGACAGACAGACAGACAGACAGUCCUCCGGGAGCUGAGGGUCGUUUCCAGAAUGCAGCUCUUCAUCCUCCUCUUCCUCCUGUCCCACGUUGCCGUGGUGACAGCGGUGGUCGGUUGCCACAGCGACAGGGACAAGGACCACCGGCCGAGGGAGAACUGCACCGCGGCCGGCUUCAGCGACGUCCCGGCGGGAUUCGAACCAUCGACCAAGGUUCUGUUGUUUCCUAACAACCUGUUCUCCAGUGUGUCCUGGUCCUCCUUCCAGACCUUUACGGACAUCUAUGAGAUCGACUUCACAGGCAACAAGGUGCCAGAGGUGACCUCCAGCGUGUCUCCGAUCCUGCCCACCCUCAGUGUUCUCCGGCUGGGGUCGAACCAUAUUAAGGCCCUCUCUGACGGUUCCUUCACCGCCUGUCCAGGUCUGACUGAGCUCUACCUGAACAAAAACGCCUUGGACUCCCUGAGCGACCACACCUUCUCUGGGCUCAGCAAGCUGGAGAUCCUGGAUUUGUCGUCAAACCGUAUCAAGGUGCUUCCCGAGCUCAUGCUCCACCCCCUCUCUGCCAUAGAAACCCUCUACCUGCAUAACAACAAGAUCAAGGUGAUGCCGGAUGAUUGGUUCAGCCAGAAGGAGGAGGUGCCGUACCUUUACCUCUCAGAGAAUCUCUGGGUCUGUUCCUGUUCCCUUGGUUACUUGCGAAGGUACAUUGACGACUACGAAUUCAACAUCUACGUCCGGGAUGGCCCGCUCAUCAGGGUCGAGGCAGAGAGUGUGAUGUGUGACUCUCCACAGUGGCAUAAGGGUAAACCUGUAAUGAGUCUGGAAGAAUCUGAUCUGUGUUCACCGAGUUCUUCGGGUCCAACGGCAAACUUCUACCCACAAACAACUACAUACGGCCCUCUUAUGAUCCCAGCUGCAACCACCAAAUCACCUCUUCCUCCCACUACUGCUGCUUCUACUCCUGCUACUACUUUUUUUCGUACCACCUCUACGACUUUUAUUCCAACCACUGCUCGUGCUCCCUCCUCCUCUGCUACAGCAAUCGUAGAAGAACUCCACACUGUGUACCACAGAGUAGUCACAUGGUCCAGAUUCAUUGAAUGGUCAGAUUAUUCAGGGUCAGACGUGAAAGGUACGAUGCGGUUGGUUGAGCUGCAUACUCCUACUUCCUCUUCUCUCCAUACCGUCAAACCCUCAACUGAAAGUCCCGUUAAAAUGACGACCGCUGUGCCAACAAAACCAACUGAGACAACCACAUUUGUUCCUUCAACCGUAAAACCAACAACAGCAAAAGUCCAAGAAGUCACAAAAACCACCACAAUCCCUUCGUGGGUGAUCGCUGAACCGGGCAGCCGGCGGCGUGGCAGAGUGAGUGCGGUCAGAGGCGCUGGCGUCUUCUGUAUUUGGCUUUUCGCCGGGUGUCUGCUGCUGUGCGUGGCGUCUGGGGCGUGUAUAUUGGCGACUCUGGCGAGGAUGGUCAUCUGGUACCGGAGGGUGUACAAGCCGCUGAGUAUGAGGAGGAGAGGAGGUAGUGAGGGAGUAAGGAUUUUAACGUACAGCAGGCAGGAAGAGAAGGAGGUGGCAGGAGGAGGAGUGAUGGCACUGUAUCGAUCGGUUCUGUUCAUCCAGAGAGAGGGAGGAGAAGCUAUGGAAGAUGGAGGGAAGGAAGGUGAGGAAAGAGGAGGGAAAGAAAGACUCCUAGUCAGUUUGGAGCCGAGUGGAGGAGCUAGCGCAAUGAAGGAGGAAGAAGGAGAACGAGGAGGGAGGGAGGAGAGAGGAGGGAAAGAACGACUCCUUGUCAGUGUGGAUAUGAGUGGAGGAGUAGGCGCAAUGAGGGAGGAAGAAGGAGAACGAGGAGGGAGGGAGGAGAGGGGAGUGUACAGGAAGACAUUGUACCGUCUGUUAAGCAAGGAGGAGCAGGUAGAGGGAUGGAGGGACGUGAAGGAGGAGUGUUGGGUCCCUGCAGAAGAUGGUGGGAAGAGGGGUAAAGAUGAGGGGGGGGGUAGAGAGAGGAGUGGAGGAGAAGUUUCCAGGAAGUCCUACAGUGUCAUUCUGAGGGAGGAGAGGGAGGAGGCAGGCGGAGGGAGGGAGGAGGUGGACUGGGUGGUCGGGGGGUGGGAGGUGAAAAGAGGAGGUGAGGAGGAGGAGCCCCGAAGCAGCUGGGGGGAGUGGCUGGCACAUUACCUACCCAGCAUGCCCUGGGGUGUGACCACGCCUCCUGAGGGCGGGGCAGCUCAGUGAUGUCAUUAGUGUUGUUAUUAUUAUAUAGUAUCAUAUACCGGUAAUUAUUAUUGUAUUAUUCUAAUUAUUAGUGUGACAUUUGGAUUGCUGAAUGUUGGACGAUGAGAGGAUGAAUCUUUAUGUACCAGUGCAAACUGCAAUAAAUCUACUGAAACUUAAAACUAACUGUGGUUAAGUUCUUUGAUAGGUUGAAUAGAUUUCAUAGUCUAACUUCUUAUUAUUGGUGCAUUAUUGGCAUCCGACCAUUAACGAGUGAUUAAAGGUUAGACUACACAUUCAUUAUAAUAAAUAUCAAGUAAAACCUUUUACAUUUGAAAAUGAGACCUCACAGUUUAAGAGACAUUAAAUGAUGUUAAAAUGUGUUAAUGUAUUUCAAGGUACAUUCAUAGUGAAACCAACUUUCUGUCCAGCUUAGAAAUGACUGUCAGUAAAGACUUAAAGACUUCUCUUUAUUGAUCCUUUUGGGAUGACAGAUUACAUACUUUGGUUUAUAGAAUUCAACAUGUACCUGCUUAUUUUAAAUGUGUAAUAUUUGAAUAGAAAUGUGUAUUAAUGUGUCAUCAAUUCAAACAUCUCAAUGGUUUUACCAGAUCCAGAGAAUAAAUGAGGUUGCAGUAAGGAGCAAUGUCCACAUGGUGGAGCUGUAGGAUAAACUUAAGACUGGGUUCAGAGCAGCGCUGCAGAUAACCGCAAAUAUUUCUAAUAUUAUUAAUUUUAGAAAAUAUUAAAACCUAUAAAUUAAAGUGUAUACACUAUUUGUUGUUCAAGUAGGACACUGAGUCCAAAAUAUGAGCAGAAAAAAUUAAACUUGACUAAAACUAAAAGAACUAGAACUAAACUAAACUAAACUAAACUAAAACUAAACUAAACUAAACUAAACUAACUAAACUAAAACUAUUAAACUACUAAAGUGGAAAUUAAAUAUAAAUAGUGCAAAAGGUUUGUGUGUUGUAGGUUGGAGUUCUAAACCAGUCUUUAUCUUUAUCUGCUGGGUUGGAGGUACUGGGAGCUGUGGCGUUGUUUUCACUGUAUAUAUAUCUUAUAAUAUAUAUAUCUUAUAAUAUAUAUAUCUUAUAUAUCUUCUCUGACUCUCUGAAGGGACCGAAAGCUUAAUGUCACCAAAUGUUUGCAGAGUAAGGAAUGGUAGAAGCAGCUCUCUUCCUGUGUGAGUUUACAACAGACCUGCUGUUACACUCUCAGUAGCUGAAUGUCUGACACAACCUGAACGCAACCUAACAGUUUAUGAUUGCUGGUAAAUCAUGUGACCUCAGGGAGCAGUGGGCGGAGCCAGAGAGUCUGUUUAAAGCUGAGCAGCAGGAAGACUCUUCACCCUGAUCUUCCUCAGGUGCUGACUGCUUCUGGCUUUAUUCACAGCUUCAUGGACACUGACAGUGAAUGCAGGUACGAGUUCUCAUUCAUACAGCAGCAGGUUGAUCUAAAUGAAAGUUAGAUAAAUCAUCAUUUCUUUAGCUUGGGAAAGUUUCUACCUGAGUUUAAAACAUUGAAAGAGCUGAUGAAUACGAAUCCUCAAAAUGGCCGACAGGAAGCUGAGUUACUGUUAAUAUCUCCUCUGUUUGUAACUUUAUAUUAAACCAUCGCAGCGACUGAGCUGCUGCUGAAGCUCCUGAAGCUCUCUGUAUGAACAUUAUUAUAUUACAAUAAAGUUUAUACGUCAUAGGGUUAGCAUUAGCAUUAGCACUCCUCAUUGGGCUCCGUUGCAGCUUUUAUUCAUUAAAUUAAAUAUUAUAAUUAAAUAUAAUAUAAUAUAAUAUAAUAUAAUGUAAGUCAGAGGAUGAAAGUUAACAACAAUGUACAGAAAUAUAAAGACAAUAAUAGAUUUAUGAGUGGUAUCCUGUAUGAAGUCAUAUUUCACUGUUUAUAUCGCCGGCAUCAAACACUGUUAGAGAUAAAUAUAACCAGAUGUGACCCUUGACCUCUUUACAUCCAGUGGUAUUUUAAGGCUGUUUGUGUGUCUGAAUAUGAACUCAUACUCACACUAACAUUUUUCUUUUUUCCUUUUUUGUUCAUUGAUUUUUAUUUUCAUGUAUUCAUUUAUGGUGCACUUGUGUUUUAUGUCUGUCUGUCUGUCUGUCUCUCUCUCUCGCUCUCUCUCUCGCUCUGUCUGUCUGUCUGUCUCUGGAAGUUUUGUCUCUCAGCAAUUUAAAGAAAUAACUGAGUCAAUCAAAAUGAAAUAAGAUUUAUUUUGUGUUUUUUAACUUUGAAAAAGUUCCAUAUUUCUCUCAUUGUUUGUCCUGAUGGAUUUGCUGUUGAUGUAAAAACAAUAAAGAACAAUAAACCAAUAAA